AUGGUGGACGAAGAGCAGAAGAGGCUAAAGAGCUCGGGUGGCUCGUCCUCCCAGGGCCCCUCAUAUGCCGAGCUGCAGAAAGAGCUCAAGAAGACCCAAGAUAUGUUGAAGGCUGAGCAAAAGAAGACGGCCGACCAGGCCCAUACUCUGGCCGAACUCGAACGACAGGUCAAGACACUUGACCGGAAAAUAAGCCUAGCCACCGAUCGGAAGAAAACGGCCAUCGCCGAUCUAGAGAAGAAAAACGUCGAGGCGCGGGGACUGGAACAACGAGUUAAAGAGUUGAUGGAGCAGCUGGACGGUGAGAAGGCGAGCCGCUCGGGGGAGGCGAUCAAACAUAAAGACAAACUGAAGACUUUGCAGAAGUCUCUUGAAGCUUUCCAAGCUGCCUUCAAAGAAUAUCAAGAGGCCGAGCCAGGCCGGGUCUCCGCCCUGAAGCAGCAGCACAUCCGCUCGAACGAAUUUUCUGAGAAGGUCUGCGAGCGGAUGUAUACUGCCUUUGAGCUGGCCAUUUCUGCCACGAAGGACUAUCUGAAGUCCAAGGGUCAGCUUCCCGACGCCGCAACCAUCCCGGCCGAAGACUACGUGGCGCUUCUUGCGGCGCUCGGCCCCCCCGAGGCUGAUGUCGCCUGCUGCGCUGCCCGCUCGGCCUAA